AUGCCAGCUGGUAAAAAAAUCUCUUCCCUCCUCCCUCCCGUCCUUGGGAGAUGCCGCCCGAGGUGGGACACCCUCCCCCGCACUUACACUGUGAUUUUAAAGUCAGUCGUGUGUUGUUGCUGCUGGGUUUGCUGUUGUGCAGUUAGAAAUCCCUCAGGAACUACAUCUCCCAGGGGCCCCGGCGCUUCCGAACCUCCUCCGAACCCGCCCUCCCCAUCCCGGAGGCAGCGCGCAGCCUCGUUCCGUGCCGGGGCCAUGGAGCUGCCGCGGCUGCAGCUGCUCCAGGUGAGCCAGGAGCUGGACGGAACCGAACUGGCGGCUCUCAAGUUCCUCAGCAUGGAGCACGUCCCCCUGGGGAAGCUGGAAGCCAAGCCGGCGCAAGAUUUUUUCGAAGUGUUGCAGGAGAAAGGGAUGGUGGAGGCGGGGGACAUGGCCUUCCUCAGGGAGCUGCUCUUCCGCAUCGGUCGCAUCGACCUCCUGGCUGAGCAGCUGGGCUCCAGCAGAGAGGAGAUGGAGAGAGAGCUUCGGAUCCCUGGCAGAGCCAAGGUGUCGGCCUACAGGUACCUGCUCUUUCAGCUGUCAGAAGACAUCACCAAAGAUGAGCUGAAGUAUUUCAAGAAUCUUUUGGAGAAAGAAUUACCAAAAUCCAAACUAAACCCUAAGACUACGAUGCUCGACAUUUUCGUUGAGAUGGAGAAGAAGGAGAUUUUGGGCAAAAACAACCUAAAUAUCCUGAAGCGUCUCUGUGCAGAAAUUAACCCCAGCCUGUUGAAGAGAAUUGAAGAGUAUGAAUUAAACCUGUUUGGUGAGGAAGAGAUGCUCAUCACAGAGGAACAGGGGGGCAGUACAGGAGGCUCUGAAGCCCAGCCCAGUUGGCUGCCAUCACCUAUGUCACCCGAUUCUCCUAGCAGAUGGAAUGCAUCUUCCCAGCUGGAAGCUUACAAAAUGAGUAGCCAGCCCCGUGGAGUGUGCUUGAUCCUGAAUAACCACAGUUUUGCAAAAGCCAGGGAAACAGUGCCAAAAUUCAGAAGCAUGAAGGAUCGUGAUGGGACAGACGUGGAUGCAGAGGCUCUCAGAAGAGUCUUCAGCCAGCUUCACUUUGAAGUAGCAGAACAUAAAGACCUUACUGCACAGCAAAUCCGGGAGACUGUCAACUCCUACCGGUGCCAAGACCACCAGGACAGAGACUGUUUUGUUUGCUGUAUCCUGUCUCAUGGGAAAAGAGGCGUUAUUUAUGGUGUUGAUGGGCAGGAGGUAGCUAUCCAGGAGCUGACCACUUCUUUCACUGGAGAGAAUUGCCGCUCACUGGCUGGAAAACCCAAAGUCUUUUUUGUUCAGGCCUGCCAAGGUGAUGCUUUCCAGAAAGGUGUGGUUGUUGAAGCAGAUUCUGGAGAGCAAGAUCCUUCUGUAGAAUCAGAUGCAAGAUUUCAGGUCAGCUGCAUCCCUUCAGAGGCAGACUUCCUCUUGGGCAUGGCUACCCUGCAGGAUUACGUGUCCUACAGAAGCCCCAGGCAGGGGACCUGGUACAUACAGGCCUUGUGCAAGCACCUGGAGUACAGCUGCCCUCGUGGGGAAGAUAUUCUCACCAUCCUGACAGCAGUGAAUCAAGAGGUGAGCAGAAAGGGCUGCAGUGCAAAUGCAGAGAAGCAGAUGCCACAGCCCAGUUUCACCCUGAGGAAAAAGCUCAUCUUCCCCAUCAACUGAAUGGGAGGGAACUGCGUGGCAGAGGAGCCUCUGUAGCCUGAAAUAGGCUGUGCCAGCUAAGAUUUGGGUGAAAAAUAACAGACUUUCAGCAUCUGCUCUUGCUACGAGAGCAAAUGUUUUUUUAUUGAAGAUAUGGCUGAGGAGUAAAAGCCUUAAGAAAUCUGUGUUAGUAUGUACAGCAUCUUGCACACAAGAGCAUCUCUGAGCUGGUCUCUGAUUUGUGGCUUGCUGGGUAAAAUACACUUGGUGUUCUCCAUCAGCUGUACCACACUGCUCUUGCCUUAGUAAGGGAUCUUUCCAAUGCUGAUUUUAAAACACAGCUGUUAUGAAGCCUUGUGUAUUUUGUACCUAACUUUUUUCAAAAUAAAGGGAAAGAGG